CCAAUAUUAUUUAUUUGCUAUACCAAAAUUGACACAAACAGUUCGUUCUGCAUGAUUGUGCUUACGCCACGAAACCAAAAUGACGAGCAAUCUUUUAAAAAUUGGCUUUAUCGGAGGCGGAAAAAUGGCCCAGGCUUUAGCAAAAGGAUUUAUUUCGGCAGGUCUGGCCAAGGGUGAAACUAUGAUCUCCAGCUGCCACCCCUCGGAUCUCGCCUCAGCCAAAGCUUUCAAGGAACUGGGAGCCGAAUCUCUGUUCGAAAACGUCCCCGUGGUGCAAAAAUCCGACAUCGUCGUCGUCUCGGUCAAGCCAUCGGUGGUCCCGGUGGCUUUGGGCGACAUCAAGAAGUCGGAGGUCAAAGCCGACAAACUGUUCCUGUCGAUUGCGAUGGGGGUGACGAUAAAGCAGCUGGAGCAGCUGCUGCCCCACGAAUCCCGCGUGGUUCGAGUCAUGCCCAACACCCCAGCACUAGUGCGCAACGCCGCCUCCGUCUUCGUCACAGGCAGUCGCACCACCCCCGAAGACGCCCAAAUCACCCAGAAGUUGUUGAAGUCCGUGGGCACUUGUGAACAAGUGACGGAGAAUUUCUUGGACGCUGUUACAGCCUUGAGCGGCUCAGGCCCGGCGUAUAUAUAUGUUUUAAUAGAAGCGCUGGCUGACGGUGGCGUAAAAAUGGGGCUCCCGAGGGAUUUGGCGUACAGGUUGGCCUCGCAGACGGUGCUGGGGGCGGCGCAAAUGGUGAGAGACACUAAGGUUCAUCCCGGGGUGCUCAAGGACGAUGUGACGUCGCCGGCGGGGUCGACGGCGGCUGGACUACAUUUUCUGGAAGAAAAAGGUUUCCGUGCAGCGGUAAUCGGCGCAGUUCAAGCCGCCACCGCGAGAUGUCGCGAGGUUUCACAAUCCGAUCCGUCCAAAUAACUUCAUUGUAAAAACAGUGUAAAAAUAUGAAUAUAAAAUAAAUUUACUUUUAUACGUUAAUAA